AAGAGGAAUUAAGAAUCAAGGGCGGUCAUUAUGUAAAAAAUCGUUUGCUGGAUAAAUUUCGACAAUUACCUUUUGAAGAAAAAGAAAAAAGAAGCAAAGAAAUUAGCACCUUGGUUGAACUCGAUUCGGGAGAAAUUGGCUAUACCUGA